AUGUGCGCUCCGGAGAAGACUAUGCCCCGAAGGAACUGGGCAUGCUGCGCCAGAAGAAGAAUCACAGUCAGUCUGGCUGAGGACUCAGGCAGAGGCCUCCCUCCAAAUCGGCGCCACGACGAAGCGCAAAAAACGCAGGACCCAUGUGACAGAGCGGCUGCCUCCAGCUCCGACUCAGCAAGGGCGGCUGCGCCCGACUGCGAGGAUGCCCAAUCUGAGGCAGAUUCGACGCCCUGGUCGCUGGAGGGAAGCCACGUGAGCGUCAACAGCAGCUACCGGAACGGCAGCCUCACUUCGUCGUACUGCGAGAGCAGCUUGAACUUGUCAGCCUAUCCACUGAGCGAGGCUAGCAACGACAGCCACAGGAACUUUUGGAGACCGCCUUUCCUACCAGGAAAUUUCGGGAGCGAUGCCUCAAAGGAUAGCAGCGCGAGCUCCGAAAGCCCAGAUCUGUCGCCGCGGAAUGAUCGAACCGACUAUCCAGGUGGCAAUCAAGCUGCAUCUUCCGGCGAGGCCCCUGGAACAGAGGCGGACUUGAUUUCGAUUGGAAGUGUAAAUCAUCCAACGGGGUGUUCCCCAUGUGUCUUUUUCGUGGCAAAGUCACGCUGCUCAUCUGGUAACCGGUGCUGCUUUUGUCACCUGCCUCACAGCCUGCAGGCUCCGCGUCGAGCCCGGCUGUUUCGAGAAGA